UUUUCUAUUAAAACUGCUUAUUGAUUCUUGUUGAUAUUCCCCCCGAUACACUGCAGUUGUGAUUUGGCCAUACUCAACUGAAUGGACAAACAGAGCAACAUCCGCCAAAGAGACCGCGGCAGGUCUACGCCUGACAGGGCUGACGAUGUUAAGGAUGCGACCAGCAGAGCCAGACGAGUGGCUAUUUUGGUACUUGGCGACAUCGGGAGGUCGCCUCGCAUGCAGUAUCACGCGCUGUCGCUAGCGCGAGCGGGCCAUCUUGUCGACUUUAUUGGAUACGAUGGUGCGACACCGAUGGAAGAUAUUCUGACAGCGCCAAACAUCACACUGCGUCAUAUACGGGUGCUUCCGCAACCCACAUCCGCGCCGCGCGCUGUAUUCUACGUUUACGCGCCUCUAAAGGUUGUGUACCAGCUAUGGACGUUGUUUUGGAUGCUCUUGUUUAUCAUCUCUCGGCCGGAUGUCAUUCUAGUGCAGAAUCCACCAGCAAUUCCGACGCUGCUGGUUGCCCGUGCUGAUCAUCGACUGGCACAAUACGGGUACACCAUCCUGGGCAUGAAGCUUGGCGACUCUCACCCAGUAGUGGCGCUGGCAAAGCGAUUUGAGCAAUUCUUCGGCAAUUCAGCGUACGCGCACUUGUGCGUUACAAACGCCAUGGCGUCCGACCUGCGAGACAAAUGGGCAAUUAAAGGCAAGCUUGUGGUGCUCCAUGACAAGGCGCCGAAGCACUUUAAACAUCUCGAAGCAGCAGAAAUCCACACACUGUGGACGAGGCUGCUGAACGACCCGCAGUUUGCAGGGCUUGGCAGCCUGAUUUCCAGCGGCAGUGGCAGCGAGGACCUCAAGGUACAGUCAGCACAAGUCUCUCUUUUGACGCGCAAGGACAGCAAAGGCAUUGCGAAAAUGCGCAAGAACAGGCCGAUGCUACUUGUCAGCAGCACUAGCUGGACAGCUGACGAGGACUUUUCCAUUAUCCUUGAAGCGCUGACGAUCUAUGAGCAUGCAGCAACAUCAAGUAUGCAAAGCGUCCGUGCAUUGCCAUCGCUGGUGCAAAUCCACAUUGUCACAGCGUGGCUGUCGGCCGAGGACUACCCGCUGCUGCUUGGCUCUGCCGACCUGGGUGUAUCUCUGCACACCUCGUCGUCUGGGCUCGAUCUGCCGAUGAAGGUUGUGGAUAUGUUGGGGUGCGGCACGCCUCUCGUCACCGAGCGCAACGGCAUGGUGUUUGGCAAUGCGUCGGAGCUUGCGCUGCAGAUCCAGGAUCUUGCGCGGCAGCUCGAUGAUAAGAGCGGAUCGUACCAGCAGUUGCUUGGCGGAGCUGCCGAGUUCCGCCGGAUUGACUGGGUGGCGAACUACACACAGGCCCUCGAACUGUUCUAAAUCCGUUGUUUUUUAGAUUAACAUUGCAUAUGUCAUUUUUUAAACUCAACAAUACAAGCUUCAGCCUUGUAUUCCCCAUUUUUCUUCCGAGUUUCCAAUAACAUAGUAGUGCCUUUUUUGGGCUUGACUUUUCAUUUCCUCUUUUUUUUCCUUGACUCAUUUUUAGUUGUAAAAAAACGAUAUUUCGCAUUACAUUCACAUUUUCUUCAAUUCUUUCCACAUACUAUGAGCGACAACAACGACCGCCCGCUAUAUUCGAGGCGCACCGCUCAGCACAGCGGAAGUAAAACUGGUUCUGCAUUCGCAGCGAUAUUUCGCAAUGUGCUGCGAGGCACAUUUCCGCAGGACAGUAAUUAUAGCAACAACAACAGCAGCAGCAGCAAUAUUAGCAGCAGCAAGGGCCUGGCAAAGCCAGA